GUGGGCAUGAGGGACAAGAUAGUCAGCAGUUUCAGGAAAAAGCAUUGUGGUUAAAGGUUCCUGCAGGAGUGACUGAAUAAGACCAAAAAUGGACACUUCCCGACUUCUCUUCCUCAUCUUCAUGGUGAUAACUACAUCUGAAUGUUCAGGGACAGCCGAGCCCAAAUGCGAAGUCUUGACCAUCAUGAAGCCGUCAUACACCCUGUUGGAAGGGGAGGCAUUUUAUUACGAGCCUGAUGGAGACAGUUUUGAUGAAAAUAUCAUAUGGUACAAAAAUGAGACUGAGAAUAUCCCCACUGACAAGAACGAGACUGUACAUUACCAUGGCGAAGCACUCAUUUUCUUAAACCUCCUCCCUGAGAACUCUGGCAAUUACACUGCCUUGGAAAAAGAAUCAUCAGGAAAGUGUUACAAAUAUAAUGUGGAAGUUAACGUUGUCAAAUCAAGCCAUAUGAAGAACUUCCUCAACGGAGCAAUCGCUAACUCAAACACUGACAAAAAGAUCCCAUGUCCAGAUUAUGUCGAGAAACCAUGUACAAAGUUGAACGGAAAAUACACGUGGAACAAGGACAACAAAACCCUUCAAGGUCACCAUGAAGCUGUUCUUUGGAUUCAUAAUGCUAACAAAGUUGACGAGGGCAUCUACACGUGCAUUUGUACCUGGACAUACUACGGCAAGGAGUACAACUCGUCAGCCUCCAGGGAGAUGAAGUGUGAAGAAGAAAAGGCCUACCGUGAAUUAGAGAUCAUCUCUCCGAAGGACAAGGAGCAGUUGGCCGAUGAAGGCGUUGGGAUCAAGCUGAACUGCUCAGUUUUCUGUGGGACUACCAAGAUAAGUGACUGCAGUGCUAGCUGGAGUGGAAUCAACCAGAACAAUGGAUACAAUCAAAUCACCAAAACCGUCACCGAGAACCCUUCAAGGAAUACCAUUUCCACUGCAAUCCUGACCAUCGAAAAAGUGUCUGCUAAAGAUUUCAAGACUGAGUUUAAAUGCAUCGGCGACGGCAGGUACCAACAGGUGUCUGCCAUUUUAACUCUUAGGCGGAGAGAGUCAAUAAUCCCACUAGUCAUUGGAGCAGUGUGUGUGCUGUUCUUCGUUGUGUUGGCCGCCAUACUGGUCAAGCGCUUUGCUAUCGACCUCACUCUCUUCUUCAGAUCCUACUUCCCAUUAAGCAGUUACAAUAAAGAUGGGAGGGUGUACGAUGCCUACGUGGUCUACCACAUGCAGAGCAUGGACAAUGCUACUGAGGAUGCACUCUUUCAGUUCGUCACCAAGAUUUUGCCCUCCGUCCUCGAGGAAAAAUGCGGAUAUCGACUCUUUAUCCACGGGAGGGAUGACAUACCCGGGGAAGACCGUCUGGAGCUAGUGGAGGAGCGCAUGAAGCAGAGCAGAAGGCUGAUGGUCAUCCUCACCCCGGGUUCAGGAUCAGAGUUACAGAGCACAGACCAACGUCCUGCCUCGCCCCAAAACUCAGUGAUAGGAGGGUUUGACUGGCAGGUGGGGCUCCACCAUGCGUUGUUCCAGAGGGAAAUGAGUGUGAUUCUGGUCCAGCUGGGGGACACUGGGCCACAAGGAUACACACACCUUCCUGCUGGCUUGCAGCACCUGAUUCUCAAGAGCGCCCCUAUCAAGUGGCCAGAAGGUUCGCGUGGCGCUGCCACAUGGAACUCACGCUUCUGGAAGAGAGUGCGAUACCUGAUGCCUGCAAUACCUGCAAUAAAAUGUCCACAGUCUUCUAUUAUUUGAAACCCUUAGGGAUUUGCUUUGACCUCCCUGGAAUGACAGAUACUGUAUGUAGCAUGUGCAAAACAAAAGGAUCCAACCGCACCAGUCCCAUCAUACAGAUGUGUGGGAUCACAGGCAUCAGUUCUAUGUAGGAAUUAUGCUAAUAGGAUGCUAAUCCAUAUAGAAUUGUGUAUUUACCGGUAAGUUUAUUCCUCCAUUAAACUGUGGACAUUUCAUUGCAUAAAUCAUUAUCACUCCCUGCUGGUUAAAAACCAGAUCUAAAUUCCCAGAGGAUGAAAUAUAAAAACACAAAGAAAAAGUAAAUAAGGUAAAAUAAUUAUAAUUGAUGAAAAAAGUGUGUGUCUGCUCACUCAAACAUCUGGAAAAAGUGACGACAUUUAGGAGAGAUUUUUCUUGCGGUUUGAAUAGUUGGGGCAGGUAACCUGUUAUCAUUCAGACCUGCAUGUGCUUCGGUACAUUCUGCUGCUUUCAUGCCUGCUGUCCCAUGGUGCUGAUCUCAGGCCCUACAGAGAUGCAGGAGCUGCAGAUUUCCACUGCUAACAAUAAAAGGAUAAAGCCUUUAUUUUAGGAAACAUGUCAGUAUGCUGCUGUUUCUGGGCACCAGUUCUCUCUUCACCUCUUCAGCUCUGUGCUAAUAUCACACUGCCGCUGGCUCCAACUUGUCCACAUUGGAAGUUGAUGUCUGAAUGUAGACUUCAUUUAUAUUCUGUGACGGUUUGUAUGGUUGUAUUUACUGUUUUCUUAUGACCUUUAGAAAGCUACCCAUUUAUGUCUAGUUUAUAAUCGAUAAAGACACAGCAAUUUUGUGUGUUCAUAUAUACAGUACAGUGUCAGUUGUUCUUUAAAAAAAUAAAUGCAUGAUUCGAGAACUGCAGGCUCUUCCUGUGUUAAUCAAAUUGCACGUAAGCUACUACGAAAGUUCCUACAGAUAUAAAAACAUGAAUCCAUGUAAAAUGAACCAAUGAAAUUGGACCUUCCGGUUUUUGUUAUUUAUCCGUUUUAAAGAUUUGACAACAAAUGUAAUAUCUGCCGUUGAUGUUCUCAAUACAGCUUAUUAUGAUUGCAGUUUCU